UUAACCUUACUAUUUAUAAUAAGCAUUUUUAUUUAUUCUGAAUUACCAAGUUUCUAUUAUUUUUUAGAAAAUAUAUUUUCUCAAAAUGGUGUACUAUUUUGAGAGUGACGUCGUUUCACCUCCGACAUUAUUGUUUAUGGGAUUCGACAAAAAUGAAAAUGAGGAUCUCAUCAAAUGGGGCUGGCCUGAAGAUGUGUGGUUUCAUGUUGAUAAAGUAUCCUCGGCUCAUGUAUACCUGCGAUUGAAACAAGGCCAGACGAUAGAUGAUAUCCCUUCAGCAGUACUGGAAGAUGCUGCCCAACUUGUGAAAGCAAACAGCAUUAUGGGAAACAAAAUGAAUGAUGUCGAUAUUGUUUACACAAUGUGGGCUAAUUUGAAAAAAACCCCAGGAAUGGAAGUCGGUCAAGUUGGUUUCCAUAAAGAGAAAGAAGUAAGAAAAAUACGAGUAGCAAAAAGGAUAAAUGAAAUAGUAAAUAGGCUAAACAAAACGAAGAGGGAAGAGAAUCCAGAUUUUAGAGCAGAGAGAGAAAAAAGGGAUAGGCUGGAGAGGGAAGACAAGAAAAAAUUACUUAGGGAGCAGAAGAGAAAGGAAGAAGAAGAGGAAAAGAAAAGGAAAGAAGAUGCCGAACUGCGCAGCUACAACUCUCUUAUGAACUCUGAAAAUAUGGACAAAUAUGAUGAUGGGAAUGAUUCGGACGAUUUCAUGUAGGCAUGAGGAGUGUGAGCGUUAUACAAAAUGAUUUUUCUACUGAAAUCAUAACAUGAACUUGUUUGUAAUGAAUAAAUAAAACUGUUUUUAACAUUAGUGGUAGGAAGAA